UAUUAUUUAUUUGAAUAAUGACCACCACUGCAGAACAAUGCAUUAACUUUUUUGUAUAUGACUUGAAAGUCUAAAUGCUAGCAUUCAUGUUUAUACUUUAACCUCUAUUUUUCCUCUGUAUUAUUAGUAAAUUUUGAGAUUGUAGAACUUUUGACCCAGUCAUACACAUACAGAGGUUGGAUUCUGAGUUAAUUAAAUAUGAGUUAAUAAUAUAUUAUAAGGAAAUUAUUGUCCUUAUUACAGUUAUUAGGUAGUUACUCAAAUUAUAGCUUGAAAGGAAUGCAGAACAUGGAAAACUCAGAUUAAAUUAUGCAUUUGAACCUUAGGCCAGUUUUUACUGUAGAGACAGUUUGCUGCUAAAAGAGAAAUUGUAUGUCAUUGAAAUUAAAUGCUUUUCUGGGGAUGGAAGAUUCCAGUUUUUAAUGAAAUUACUGAGUGUGGUGUAGUGAAAUGAUUAAAAUCUGUAUUCCGGGAAUGUGGCAGGGAAAAAAAAUCAAUAAGUGCUAGCACAGCUUUGCUGCUCAAUGUGAAUCCUGAAAAUGAAAUAAACUACUACAAAAAUAAUAAUUAAAAACAUAUCAGCACAUUAAUUUAUUUAGCAUCUAGUCUCCUGAGACAUCAUCUUCACUAAUUUUUAGCAUACAUUUUACUAUGUAAUGAGCAGGCUUCUUUUCAGAUAUCCCUAUUAGACAGGCAGUAUUUCUGCCCUUCCCCCAAUGCUCCUGCAUUGCAAUCAUUGUACUUGCACUUAUUAUGUUACAAAUGACCGAGGUAAGGCUGACAUUCUCAGUGCAAGCAAAAAGACCUAGUCUGCCAAGCUUUUUUUUUCCCUAAUGAAGCAGCUUUGUGAAAUCUCCCCAUGUGUUAAUACUAAUGAAGAUCCUCCAGCACAAUUAAAAUCACAGCCAGUGGCUGAAGAGGAAACAUAAAACAAAAGCAUCUUUUAUGAUACAUUUAUCCAAAUAUAUAUGUAUAAAAUACACAUAUACGGUCAAAUUAUGUCCCUAUAGCUUAAUUUGUACAUUCUUUUCAUCCUGAAAAUUAAAUUAUGUAAUUUUUAAUGGUAAGAACUUAGAUACUUUGUUGGGUCUGAAGGAAAUAACGCUACUUCAGUGAACUUAAAAAAUUACCUAUCAUGGGUAGUAAAGUGUUAUCAAGGUUAAGGCUUUUUGAGAAAUCGUUUUUAGGAAGCUGUAGGAUGGGGUGCAGGAAGGGAUGGGUGUACUUUACCUUUAGUUUAACUUGAUUUGUUGCAGGCUGUGGGAAUUGGGGUUCGGGGAGGGAAAGGGUAAAAAAGAGAGAAAGUUGCAAGAGAUUCUGGGGGUAGACAAAUAGCAUAACCUCGUGUGUAGUUUAAACAUGGAGCGAUGGGCUACCAGUCUUGCGCCUAACUUAAUUUGUUUUUAAAUGUUCAAUUCCUACAAUUAGCUAUGCUUUUUUCUAACCCUUCAGAAACUGGCGGGGGCUGGGGAUGGCGGGUGGCGGGACUAUAUAGAUUACCUUUAAAGUUUGUACUUGUAACUUUAAACGAUUUGUUAUUUUAACGUCUCUCAUUUAAAUUUUAUUUUAACACAAUGCAUAAACAUUACAGCUAGUUUACUUUGAACUUAAAAGGGCAGUAGCAUUUUACCCUGGGACCAUCUUGCAUCCUGCUUUUUAUUUUGAGUCCUAAUAUCUAAAAAUUCUCAACAUAUUGAGUUGGUUUGUAGACUUCAACAGAAUUGAGUUUAGGAACAAAAAAAGUUUAGGUGAAGAUGGUUACCCUGUGCUCCUUAUUCUCCAGUUUUCAUUUUCAAAAAAUUAAGUUACCCUGCUUUCGGUUCUCUAUUCUUUUAAAAACAAAACAAAACAUUUUAAGUUUCUUAACUUUUUUCUGGGACAAGGAACGGGACAAACUCAAAGCUACAGUAUUCUUGGAAAGAAGCAACCCCCCUCCCUUGGCUUCUUUAGGAGCUGAUAGGUCAUUUAUUAUUGGAACAGAAAUGGUAUAAACAAUUCUCUCUCCUUUUCCCCUUGUUAACAGCAACUUUCAUUGUUAGAGGAGAGAGAGAAGCCUUGUUGGUUGACGUCACUUGGUUCAUGAAGCCUUCGCCUAGAAGUGAAGCUGCUGAACAAACCUUGAGAAGAAUCAUCUCCUGCUUCAAUCUGCUGCUGGAUAGGAACUAAUCAGAGAGAGAGAGGCGGAAGACGGAGAAGGAAGGAGUCAAGGGCUUUCCCGACCAGAAAUCUCACCUCCACUCCAACUCUCUUUAUACUUUUUUUGCAGAAAUAAUAAUACAAAUAAGGAGGUGGUAGGGUUCCCAAAAAUCUUUACCUUCGACCAUCUAGGGAAGGCAAAUAUUUUAUCCAGCGCAACUCUCAGUUCGAAAGUAAAGGUUUCUCAACAGUGAUGUCACAAGAUUGACCACGUUGAUCACAAUAUGGAGUCUGGAGAACGGUUACCAUCCUCGACAGCCUCCUCUACUCCACCAACUUCAUCCUCUACACCUUCUGUGGCUUCAGCAGUUUCAAAAUGCAGCCUUUCCACUGGAGUUGCUUCACUUAGCUCUACAAUCAGCCCAUGUGGACAUUUAUUCAGAGCAGCUGGGGAUCAACCGUUUAACCUGUCCACAGUGUCGAGUGCCUUCCCAAUGGUCAGCCACCCAGUCUUUGGUCUACAUUCAGCCAGCUCAGGGCAUUCAGAAUUUGGUGGUUUGGGGACACUUGGUACACCCACAGCCUUAGCCGCACAUCCCCAACUAGCAUCUUUUCCAGGUGCAGAAUGGUGGCGAACAACAGAUGUUCAUACUCGUACUGGGGCAACCUUCUUUUCACCUUUACUGGGAAUUCCACCACUGUUUGCUCCUCCCGUGCAGAAUCAUGAUUCUUCUUCAUUCCAUUCGAGGACUUCAGGAAAAAGUAAUCGAAAUGGUCCUGAAAAAGGUGUAAAUGGGUCAAUAAAUGGAAACAGUACAUCAUCUGUAAUUGGUGUUAACACAUCUGUACUGUCCACUACUGCUUCAAGUUCCAUGGGACAAAUUAAAAGUACAAGCUCGGGUGGAGGAAAUCGAAAAUGUAACCAGGAGCAAAGCAAAAACCAGCCUUUGGAUGCUAGAGCUGACAAAAUCAAAGAUAAGAAACCAAGGAAAAAAGCUAUGGAAAGUUCUAGCAACAGUGAAAGUGAUUCAGGUACAUCAUCGGACACCUCAAGUGAAGGCAUUAGUAGUAGUGAUUCAGAUGAUCUAGAGGAAGAUGAAGAGGAAGAAGAUCAAAGUAUCGAAGAAAGUGAAGAUGAUGAUUCUGAUUCAGAGAGUGAAGCACAACAUAAAAGUAACAACCAGGUGCUAUUACAUGGUAUUUCAGACCCAAAAGCAGAUGGACAGAAAGUAACGGAAAAAGCCCAGGAAAAAAGAAUACACCAGCCAUUACCUCUUGUGUCUGAAUCCCAGACUCUCUCAUCAUUCCAAUCCCAGCAGAAGCAGCCUCAGGUUUUGUCACAGCAGCUUCCAUUUAUUUUCCAAAGCUCUCAGGCAAAGGAGGAAUCUGUGAACAAACAUACCAGUGUAAUACAGUCUACGGGAUUGGUGUCCAAUGUGAAACCUUUAUCUUUGGUAAAUCAAGCCAAAAAGGAAACUUAUAUGAAACUCAUAGUUCCUCCUCCUGAUGUACUUAAAGCAGGGAAUAAAAAUACCUCUGAAGAAUCUAGUCAAAUUUUGACCAGUGAAUUACGAUCUAAACGGGAACAAUAUAAACAGGCAUUCCCAUCACAGUUAAAGAAACAGGAGUCAUCUAAGAGCCUGAAGAAGGUUAUUGCAGCUUUGUCAAAUCCAAAAGCAACCUCUACUUCACCAGCACAUCCAAAACAAACAGUAGAAAACAACCACCCUAAUCCAUUCUUGACAAAUGCACUUUUAGGUAAUCACCAACCAAAUGGAGUUAUUCAAAGUGUCAUUCAAGAAGCUCCUCUAGCACUUACGACCAAAACUAAAAUACAGAGUAAGAUUAAUGAAAAUAUUACUACGGCAAGUAGCACCCCUUUUUCCUCACCUGUAAAUCUGAGUACAAGUGGGAGAAGAACCCCUGGCAGUCAGACACCUGUAAUACCCUCUGCCUCUCCCAUUCUGCAUAGUCAAGGGAAGGAAAAAGCAGUUAGCAAUAAUGCAAAUCCAGUAAAAACACAGCAUCACUCCCAUCCUGCAAAAUCUUUAGUGGAGCAGUUUAGAGGAACAGAUUCAGACAUUCCCAGUAGUAAAGAUUCUGAAGAUUCAAAUGAGGAUGAAGAGGAAGAUGAUGAAGAUGAUGAGGAAGAUGAUGAAGAUGAUGAAUCUGAUGACAGCCAAUCAGAAUCAGAUAGUAAUUCAGAAUCAGAUACAGAAGGAUCAGAAGAAGAAGAUGAUGAUGAUAAAGACCAAGAUGAAUCAGAUAGUGAUACUGAAGGAGAGAAAACUUCAAUGAAACUGAAUAAAACAACUUCCUCUGUCAAAAGCCCUUCCAUGAGUCUCACAGCUCACUCAACACCUCGUAACCUCCACAUAACAAAAGCCCCAGGCUCUGCUCCUGCUGCCUUAUGUUCUGAAUCACAGUCACCUGUUUUUCUUGGUACAUCUUCUUCCACACUUACUUCAAGUCCACACUCUGGCACUUCCAAAAGAAGAAGAGUAACAGAUGAACGUGAACUGCGUAUUCCAUUGGAAUAUGGCUGGCAGAGAGAGACAAGAAUAAGGAACUUUGGAGGGCGCCUUCAAGGAGAAGUAGCAUAUUAUGCUCCAUGUGGAAAGAAACUUAGGCAGUACCCUGAAGUAAUAAAGUAUCUCAGCAGAAAUGGAAUAAUGGAUAUCUCAAGGGACAAUUUCAGCUUCAGUGCAAAAAUAAGAGUGGGUGACUUCUAUGAAGCCAGAGAUGGACCGCAGGGAAUGCAGUGGUGUCUUUUGAAAGAAGAGGAUGUCAUUCCUCGUAUCAGGGCAAUGGAAGGUCGUAGAGGAAGACCACCAAAUCCAGAUAGACAGCGAGCAAGAGAGGAAUCCAGGAUGAGACGUCGAAAGGGUAGACCUCCAAAUGUUGGCAGUGCUGAAUUCUUAGAUAACACAGAUACCAAAUUGCUAAGGAAACUGCAAGCUCAAGAAAUAGCCAGGCAAGCAGCACAAAUAAAGCUUUUAAGAAAACUUCAAAAGCAGGAACAGGCUCGAGUUGCUAAAGAAGCUAAAAAACAACAAGCAAUAAUGGCUGCUGAGGAGAAGCGAAAACAAAAAGAACAGAUAAAGAUUAUGAAACAGCAGGAAAAAAUUAAAAGGAUACAGCAAAUCAGAAUGGAAAAGGAACUUCGAGCUCAACAAAUUCUAGAGGCUAAAAAGAAAAAGAAGGAAGAAGCGGCAAAUGCCAAAUUAUUGGAGGCCGAGAAACGAAUAAAGGAAAAAGAAAUGAGAAGACAGCAAGCCGUUCUUCUGAAACAUCAGGAGUUGGAGAGGCAUAGACUAGAUAUGGAACGAGAGCGAAGGCGACAACAUAUGAUGCUUAUGAAAGCUAUAGAAGCUCGUAAAAAAGCAGAAGAAAAGGAACGAUUGAAGCAAGAAAAACGUGAUGAGAAAAGAUUAAAUAAAGAGCGUAAACUAGAGCAACGAAGAUUAGAAUUAGAAAUGGCAAAGGAACUAAAGAAGCCUAAUGAAGACAUGUGCUUAGCAGACCAAAAGCCUUUGCCAGAAUUGCCUCGUAUUCCAGGACUUGUUCUCUCUGGAAGUACUUUUUCAGACUGUCUCAUGGUGGUGCAGUUCUUACGAAACUUUGGUAAAGUUUUGGGCUUUGAUGUGAAUAUUGAUGUUCCAAACCUGAGUGUUCUUCAAGAGGGAUUGCUAAAUAUAGGGGACAGCAUGGGUGAAGUACAAGACUUGCUUGUGAGGCUCCUCUCAGCUGCUGUAUGUGAUCCAGGUCUAAUUACAGGAUACAAGGCCAAAACAGCUCUUGGAGAACAUUUACUGAACGUUGGUGUGAAUCGAGACAAUGUUUCCGAGAUUUUGCAGAUUUUUAUGGAAGCCCACUGUGGAGAAACUGAGCUUACUGAAAGCCUAAAGACCAAAGCUUUUCAGGCUCACACUCCAGCACAAAAAGCCUCAGUCCUGGCUUUCCUAAUCAAUGAGUUGGCAUGCAGCAAGAGUGUGGUGAGUGAAAUCGAUAAGAACAUUGAUUAUAUGUCAAACUUGAGGAGAGAUAAGUGGAUGGUGGAAGGUAAACUCCGCAAGCUUAGAAUCAUUCAUGCUAAGAAAACUGGCAAAAGAGACACUUCAGGUGGCAUUGAUCUUGGAGAAGAGCAACAUCCUUUGGGCACACCCACUCCAGGACGAAAAAGAAGAAGGAAGGGAGGAGACAGUGAUUAUGAUGAUGACGACGAUGAUGAUAGUGACGACCAAGCUGAUGAAGACGAUGAGGAUGAAGAAGAUAAAGAAGACAAAAAAGGAAAGAAGACUGAUACCUGUGAAGAUGAGGAUGAAGGUGACCAAGCAGCAAGUGUUGAAGAGCUAGAAAAACAGAUUGAAAAACUGAGUAAACAACAGAGUCAGUACAGAAGGAAGCUCUUUGAUGCUUCUCACUCAUUACGUUCAAUGAUGUUUGGCCAGGAUCGUUACAGACGCCGGUACUGGAUUCUUCCCCAGUGUGGAGGGAUCUUUGUAGAAGGCAUGGAGAGUGGUGAAGGACUAGAAGAAAUUGCGAAAGAAAGAGAAAAACUUAAAAAGGCAGAAAGUAUCCAGAUCAAAGAAGAAAUGUUUGAGACCUCUGGGGACACUUUAAAUUGUUCAAAUACAGAUCACUGUGAGCAAAAGGAAGAUCUUAAAGAAAAGGAUAACACAAAUCUAUUUCUUCAGAAACCUGGCUCUUUUUCUAAAUUAAGUAAGCUUUUAGAAGUAGCUAAGAUGCCUCCUGAAUCAGAUAUUAUGACCCCCAAACCAAAUGUUAGUACAAAUGGGUGCACAACGUCUUAUCCAAACAGUGGAAAACAUUCACUGGGCAGCGUUCAAUCAACAGCAACACAAAGCAGCAUGGAAAAGACAGACUCAAAUAAUCUGUUUAAUACUAACCCAGGUGGUCCAGGGAAGUUCUAUAGUCCUCUCCCCAAUGACCAGUUGUUAAAAACAUUGACUGAAAAGAAUAGACAGUGGUUUAGCCUUUUGCCGAGAACACCUUGUGAUGACACUUCACUUACCCAUGCUGAUAUGUCAAGUGCUUCUUUAGUGACUCCUCAGUCUCAGCCACCAUCUAAGUCACCUUCACCUGCGCCAGCUCCUCUUCUUGGAUCAUCUUCUGCUCAGAAUCCCGUUGGCCUCAGUCCAUUUGCUUUAUCUCCUCUUCAGAUGAAAAGUGGCGUAUCUAUGAUGGGUCUUCAGUUUUGUGGGUGGCCCACUGGUGUGCUUACUUCCAAUAUUCCAUUUACAUCGCCUUUACCUAGUCUGGGAUCAGGGUUGGGAUUAUCAGAAGGAAACGGUAAUUCACUCCUGACUUCCAAUGUUGCUUCAAGUAAAAGUGAAUCUCCAGUCCCACAGAAUGAAAAGGUCUCUUCAACUCAACUUGCAGCUGUUGAAGUAGCAAAACCAGUAGAUUUUCCUAAUCCAAAACCCAUUCCAGAAGAAAUGCAGUUUGGUUGGUGGAGAAUUAUUGACCCAGAGGACCUAAAAGCUUUGCUCAAAGUGCUCCAUCUCAGAGGAAUAAGAGAAAAGGCAUUACAAAAACAAAUUCAGAAACACUUAGAUUAUAUUACUCAAGCCUGCAUCAAAAAUAAGGAUGUUGCUAUUAUUGAAUCAAAUGAAAAUGAAGAAAACCAAGUAACUCGAGAUAUAGUGGAAAACUGGUCAGUAGAAGAACAAGCUAUGGAAAUGGAUUUGAGUAUCCUUCAACAGGUAGAAGAUCUAGAAAGGAGAGUGGCAUCAGCAAGUUUGCAAGUGAAGGGUUGGAUGUGUCCAGAGCCUGCAUCAGAAAGGGAGGACUUGGUAUAUUUUGAACAUAAGUCAUUUACUAAAUUGUGCAAGGAACAUGAUGGAGAAUUUACUGGUGAAGAAGAAAGCAGUGCACAUGCACUAGAACGGAAGAGUGACAACCCCCUAGAUAUAGCUGUAACCAGGCUGGCUGAUUUGGAGCGGAACAUUGAAAGAAGAAUUGAAGAGGAUAUUGCUCCAGGGCUCAGGGUAUGGAGAAGGGCAUUAUCAGAAGCUCGCAGUGCUGCACAGGUAGCUCUGUGCAUUCAGCAGUUACAGAAAUCAAUAGCAUGGGAAAAAUCAAUUAUGAAAGUUUACUGCCAAAUCUGUCGAAAAGGAGACAAUGAAGAACUGCUUCUCCUUUGUGAUGGCUGUGACAAAGGCUGUCAUACAUACUGCCAUAGACCCAAGAUUACAACUAUACCAGAUGGAGACUGGUUUUGUCCAGCUUGCAUUGCUAAGGUAAAACUGAUCUAAGACUAAA